GUGACCGAAACAAGGACGGGCCCACUUGGAUGCAGUAACUAUGACAACCUCGACUCUGUCAGCUCUGUUUUGGUUCAGAGCCCUGAAAACAAGAUUCAUUUGCAAGGCCUCCAGGCCAUACUGCCAGAAUAUCUGAGAGCCAGGUUUGUGCAGGCUGCUCUAAGUUAUAUUGGCUGUAAUGAAGAGGGCCAGUUUGUGUGCCGGGACAACGACUGUUGGUGCCAGUGUGCUGUCGACUAUCCGCAAUGUAAUUGCCCUGAGGUUGAUCUGAGGGCUAUGGAAGGCAGUUUACUGCAAAUCAGAGAUUCAUGGAACAUGGCCAACCAAGACUUUGAGGCAUCAGAAGAGUUUCAAAAUUUUGUUCGACGGCUUCCCACAUUCUACGCCCUGAACUCGUCUGCCAUCCAGUAUUUCUGGAAGACGGAGCCGUCCAUUCACCAGCGCUACAAACAGCUAGAGCUCGGCACACAGCAGCUUGCAAGCAAAGCACGGCGCAUCAUCAACAAGAUCUUCACCCUCAGCAAGAGAUGUCAAACUCAGCCAAAAAUUAUUAUGCUACGGGAAAGGCCAUUUGGGUAUUGGCUCAACUACAUCCUGUCCAUCAUGUACUGCAGUGAAAACAACCACCUGGGUUCCUACAUGGAGGAGACCCGGAGCUGCUCCUGCCCGUACGAGCAUCCCCCCUGCCAGAGUGUGAUCCCAUGCACAGUAGGGGAGGGAUCCUCGUGCGCAUCCUGCUCCUAUGAAAAUCGCUCCCGCUGUGCCACAUGCAAUCAGGGCUACAUGCUGAGCCAGGGCAUGUGCCGCAACGAAGUGCCAGACUCCACUGACCAUUACAUCGGCUUUGAGACUGACCUGCAGGACAUGGAGUUGCGCUACCUGCUGCAGAAAAGAGACAACAGAAUCAGCAUCCAUGGGAUCUUUGUCAGCAAUGAUGUCAGGCUGAAUAACUGGUUUGACCCAUCAUGGAGAAAGAGGAUGUUGCUGACUCUAAAAAGUAAUAAAUACAAAUCAAACCAUGUCCACAUGCUCCUGGGCAUGUCUCUGCAGAUUUGCCUUACCAAGAACAGCACACUUGACCCCAUGCUCUCUGUCUACAUCAAUCCAUUUGGGGGGAGUCACUCAGAGAGUUGGAUCAUGCCCAUUGACCAGAACAACUACCCAGACUGGGAGAGGACUAAAUUAGAUCCUCCUUAUGACUGUUUCAACUGGACUUUGACUUUAGGCAAUAAAUGGAAAACAUUUUUUGAGACUGUCCACUUCUACCUACGGAGCCGCAUCAGAGGGCCUUCAGGCAAUGGAAAUGGAAGUGUAUAUUUUGAACCAUUGGAAUAUCUGGAACCGGGCCAAAAUCUGGGCUACAUGAAGAUCAACAGCAUCCAGGUCUAUGGCUACAGCAUGCACUUUGACCCAGAAGCGAUCCAGGACUUAAUUUUACAGCUGGACUACCCAUAUACUCAGGGAUCGCAGGACUCAGCCCUACUGCAGCUGCUGGAGAUCCGGGAUCGGGUCAACAGGCUUUCCCCACCUGGAGCUCAGCCUCUGGAUCUAUUUUCUUGUCUGUUGCGGCACCGGCUCAAAUUGUCCACAACAGAUGUUACCAGGAUCCAGGCAGCACUGCAGACUUUCAGUGCCAAGCAGCCAAACUCCAUUGAAUAUGAAACAACCAAAUUAUGUAGCUAGUAAGUUGGCCGGCGGCCAGACGCACAGAUGGAGCAGUUAUCACACAGGCCUAUCAAUUGCGAGGAGCAAUUCUAAAGCAGUGCAAUGGACAUUUUGGUGGACUUUGUAAUUGACAUGAAUCUCAACUCCAUGACUGAGAUUCUCAUAUCAACUUUUCCUAUAAAUUUGUAUAACAUCUUAGAAUUGAAUAGGUUUUCACCAUACAUGCCUCAUUACUCUUUAUGAAAAGGUUUUGCCAUUCAUGUUAUGAAUUCAAAGCUUUGUUGUCAUAUUUUACCAAUGUGCUAAAAUUUGUAGAUUGUAGAAACCUGAUUCACUUGCACACAUAAAACAGAAACAUUAUGUUGUGAAAGAACAAUCCAACCAGUAUUAUUUCACAAAAAUAAUCUCAAUACCAGCGUGGUUUCAUUUGGCAUUAAUUUGUUAUUUAGUUUGGUAUUUCCCUCAUCACAUGUAUUUAAGACAAAAAUAGUAGUUUUCAUUUCUUAUGCGUCGAUGGGGCAUGUCUUCUUACUUCUUUUUUUUUUUUUUUUACUUUCCAAACAAGGAUCAUCACGUUUUUUCUAGUCUACAACACAUUUUUGUAAGAAAAUGCUAAAUAGAUGCUGUAUAAUGCAGAUUUCUUGAAAGAUACAAUAUAACAGGUUCACAAUGUGUUACAUGUGCUUUUAUUUUUAUAAUGCUGUUGUUUGUGAAGCAAAUGAUAUGACAACAUUGUCUAUAAAAUGUACAGUAAAAUUUGUUAAUACACUAAAUAAAAUACAUUUUUAUGUGUGGUCUAUA